AUGGCGGAUGCGCGGGUAGACGAGGUCCUCCGCCGCCUCCUCCUCCUCUUCUCCUUUUCUAUUCCUUUCCCGGACCACGCGUCUCUUCUUUGUUCUCAUCUUCACCUACGUUCUCCUUCGUCACGGUCUGCCAUUUAAGAUGUUGGAGAGUUGAUUUCUCUGGAUGCUGGAACGAUUUCAUUUAAUUGGUUAUUUUGCGUUUUAGUGGAAAACUUUCUUUAGCUCGGCUUUUUAGUCCAGAAAUCUGUGGGCUGUUCUAACUGGCUGCUGUUCGUUGCAGGCUGCAUCAACUACUGUUGAAUCAAUCUCUUUCGGCUUCCUAACCGCCGAGGACAUUAGGAAGAUAAGCGUGAAAAAGGUUACAAAACCCGACCUUCUUGAUGUCAAUGACAGACCUGUGGUAGAUGGACUCUACGACCCUGCACUCGGUCCAGUAUAUGGAUCUGAUCUGUGAGUGUUGGCUUUUCUCUUUCAGCGCUUUGCAGUCUAUCAUCACCCUAAAACUCAUGUUCGUGUAUUCCGAAAGUCCUGCACUUUCAGUUGCACCCAUUCAGUAGGGCUCAUUCUCCUGGUCCAUUGAAUAAUCUAGAAUGCUUGAAAAAUGUAGUUCUCUUGCACCCACAUGAUUGGAAAUAAUUCUUACUUUUCUAAGAAGGAAAACAGCCAUCUGGCCGAGAAAAUCACAAAGAACGCUGAGUCACUUCACUCGAGUCAUCAUUAUUGUGUCUGCAUGGUCGACUUAUUUGCAAUUUGCAUUCUUUGAUGCUAAUUUUAACUGUAAUGUAUUUACAGUAUCUUUCCACUUCGUUCCUUUAACGCUUAUGAUGUUUUUUAUUCGGAUAGGAGCAUAUUUAAAAGGAAGGUUAAAAAAUGUUCCAUUCGAUCUGUCAGCUCAUUUCACUCAUUGUCAGUUACUCAUGAUGACGCAUGCUCAGGCCUAAACAACGCCUCGAUUAAGGUUAUGGUUAACUCACCAUGAGUGCUUGACGGUUGAGGCCUGGCAUUCACUCUUACCAAGCUUAUGGGUUGUGUUUCUGAUAUUAUUGAUGGACUAGACAAGUGUAAUAAAUAUUGGAGCACGCCUAGGAGAUAGUUUGGAGCCUUACUAUUUUCAGGUGCUCUAGUGAUCACUACGUUUGGAAGGAAUUUCAUGGAAAAGUCAUAAUAUGACUUGGUAAGAGUGAAAGCUAGCGUAUAGUUCAUGAAAUGAUCCAUCAAUCUUUAUCAGUUUGGUGUAUCACAAAGUCGAAUAUGGAUGAGUUAUCUCUUGAGAACCGCAUAUAGACAUACAAAUCGUAACUCAGGUCAUUGUAAUGCAUUUAAAAAUAGUGCUACAAUAGCGUCAUCCUUGUCAAUUAGAAUAUGGUAAUGAGAAUGUGGUUUUCUAUUGACUAUAUUUGUUGAGUGUCAGCUCCUAGUUUAUCCUCUGAAAAAUUAAGCUUUUUGGUUAAAUGUCCAAUAAUGAAAGUUUUUUAUUCCUUAAUGUAGUAAUAACCUUAUUUUGAGUAUUUUUACUUUUCAUGGUCAUAUGUUGUAACCUCACAGCCACAGAACUUGUCAUUAAUAAAUAUAUAUGUAUAUCUACUUUCUUUUUAAUACGCUCGUAUGGCCUGUUAAUGUUAAUUUAUUGUGCAGAUGCAAAUCCUGUGGGCUCUACUCUGUUCGCUGCCCGGGUCACUGUGGUCAUAUUGACUUUGCAUUACCAGUUUACAAUCCCUUGCUGUUUAGGACACUUUUUAGUCUUCUUCAGAACAUCUGUUUCUUUUGUCACAGAUUCAGAUUGAAGAGUCAAAAGGUUAUCUGUCAUGCCCGCCGUCCAUUUUGAUACCAUUUUUUAAACAUAUUUUGUCCUUGCCUGGUGAUGACUAUUAUGGGUGAUGUUGUUUAUUAAUUUAUUUCCAAUAGGUUCGAACGUAUGCCGACCAAUUGGAGCUUAUAAUGAAAGGAGAUAUUAUUGGGGCUGCAAAUUUGGAAUCAGAAUCAUUGAACAGUUUAUUUGAUAGCUCUGAAGAAAGACCUAAGAUUUAUUCGGCCAGUAGAGGCUCGACUUCAAAGAACUCUGAGAAACACAUGUGGACUUCUCUUCAGUACGCCAAAGCUAAUUUCGUUUUAUCAAGGUUUAUGAGAGAAAAGAGUAAAAAAUGUAAAAACUGUGAGAAAAGAAACCCGAAGCUUACGAGCCCCACAUUUGGUUGGCUGAAAAUGGUUCGCUCCCCACUCUCAUUUUUCACAGUUAUUUCUGUUAAUUUUGAGUUCAGUAUUUUUAUUCCUUGAACUGCGUUGGAAUGAGGCUUUUGAUAAAAUACUGCUCAAUUUUCGAGACUAGAGGACAUUAUUUCACACACGUUACGAUAUUUCAUAACAGAAAGAGUUUCUCUUAGCAUUAUGUGAAUGCCAGUAAAUCAACCUAUAUUCUUGAACUGUAUGCGACUGUUCUUUUCUUUUGAGGCAAGUUGAAAUUGAUAGAGGUUUAUGAUAUCCGUUUCUUAAUUCUUUCCUCUGUUUGCUUAGUGCCAGUUGAAUUUGCACUUGAUGUCUCAGGAAGUGGAUGGUUAUGUUCUUUUUUGAUGCAGCCUAGAAAUGACCUAUUUUGUAUCUUUUCUGCUAUUUUUUUUAAAUCCAGGGGCGAACGUUUGCACUUCCGAACUCUGAAUUCAGAUGAAAUAUAUUAUGUUAUCUUCUGUUAAUGUUUUACGACUUUAUUGAAGUAGAACGUGGUUUCUAAACUCUGGGUUUCCUAUGCCCUUCUCUUUAUUCUGAAUUUUUUACAUUUUAGACUUAUUUGGUUGGUGUUUCCCUUUUCUGAAAUUUACUGUAGGAUAUGCGAACUAUUGCCUAAGAAAAAAGAAAUAGGAAAAAGGGAGCACUGUAAACUUUCUUGAUGGUAUAUAACGAAGUGUGAACAAAAUUGAGGUGGCAUUAUUUCAGAUUGUAUCCAGUUUUCUUCUUAUAUUUAUUUUCAUUAAGAAUCUCAUGGUGCAAAGGUGCCCAUAGAGAACAAUGCCUUAGGUUUACCUGCCAUCAGGUAAUCUGUCUUCCUACAUAUCAUACGAGAUUCGAGCCCUGAAAUAGUAGAUCUUGAUAAAGGUUGCUUCCAUGAUUAAGACAGAAAUAUGUUAAGUAUUUCAUAUAUUGUCUUUUUUCUUGUCUUUUAGGAACAUUGGUUAUGAUUGAACAUUUAUCUGAAUUUUCUACCGCGGGAUAGCUUAUGGGAUUUGCCAUGGAAACCGAAUUCGAGUCGUUUGAACUAGCAGCAGUUGACUUGGCCUUUUAACACGUGUGACUCUUUUUACAUAGGAAAUGGCUGACUCUGAUAUUAGAAAAAAUAUUCUCGGAGGUUCCAAUUCGAACGAUUUGGACGUUCAGUUUAUUAAGCAGAAGACUUCCUUCACAGGAGAGCUUGUUCCUACAAAGGUUUGUUUUAUACUGGUGCAAGUUUAUGUAUAUGUUUUUCAUUUUUUCCUGUUCGCAGGUUGGAUCACUGUUUCUCAUUUAGACUGAUAUUUCAUUGUGUUUGGAUUUUGAGUUUUUAUAUUCAACCUUUUUAUUCCAGGUCAGAGAUAUGCUGCAACGUCUCUGGGAAAAUGAAUCACAUAUCUGUUCACUUAUUUUUAAUAUUCGAUUAGAAGGUGGAAGCUCUAAUUCUACAGAAAGUGGUUACAGUAUGUUUCUAAUGGAGGCUCUUCUUGUUCCGCCAAGCAAGUUUCGACCUCCCUCCAAAGGCAAUCAGCAGGGUGAUGUGAGUUUGUGUCACUUUUUAACUUUGUGUAUGCUUUUACCCUUGCCUUUAACCUUCGAUUGAGUUCAUCUGCCACUUUAGUGUGGCAAUGCAUCAUCAUACCUGAAAAUUUUCAGCUUUCUGAAUCUAGUUGGAGCUUCUUUGUCAAGAGACCUUUCAUUGAACUGCUAUUACUGUAGAUGAUCAGUCCUGGAAGACUUUGCAUGCUUUGUAAUUUGGUUUCGUGUGCUGAUGGUUAGAGUUGAAAGGCUUCAGUGGCUGAAAGUUUGCCUUUUAUAACCAAGUGCAUUCUGUGGUUAUGUGACAUUAUAUUUUCUGCUGAUGAGAAUGUAGUAUCUGGGAUAUGCUGUGUAGUUGGCAUUCUUAAUAUAUUAUCUUAUCUAUUUACGAGUCGUCAUGAAGAUUUGCUGCAUCCACGCCUUUUGUCAUUUUGGGGGAGGGGGGAGGGGAGGCCUCAGGAGUUUGAUUAAUAUCAUGGCAAGUCAUAUAAACAACUGAUAUGCAUGAUUCUCAAUGGAGCAGCCAGGAAUGGGUCGAUCCCACAUUACUACCUGGUCAAAAUGGUAGUCUGCCAGGGUUCAAUUGUCUACUACAGAUUCUGUCUGGACAUGUUGGGCUGUUACAAACUUGCUACCUAGUUUGCAUGAUCACUGUGGUUAUGUUUAUGAUGAUGUUUCUUUGUUUAAUGCUUCAUAAUUGUUUUUGACCGUUGCCAAGUUGUCAUAGCUCCCUAGGUGAACUGCCUAAUGCGCUUUCUGAUUAAUCAGGCAAGUGAUUUACUAAUUAUAAAUGGUUGCCUUCGUAGGUGUUGGAACAUCCGCAAAAUAUUUUACUUAGUAAAGUACAAGAAAACAACAUCUAUUUACUGACUUCAGUCUCUGGUGGUUCUGGACAUGCUGAUGUCAUUAGGAGGUGGAUGGACCUUCAGAAAAGCGUGAAUUUGUUAUUCGAUAGCACUAAGGGCUUCAGUACGUAAAUCUUUAUAUUUUCCUAAUAUUUUCUUGUUUCUUUGUUUAAUUAUGUCAUGCUUCUUAAUAACGAUGUAAUAGCCUGCCUUAAAAAUCUUGUAGCCUCUUCAAAUGUUUCCCCUUAUUUCCAAGCCUCAUCUUAUUGUAUACUCGUGUACAUUAUUGUGAUUAUGGUACAAAAGGGACGCCAAUGCUUUUCUCCUUAGCCACUCUAGAAGUAAGAAUGACGCAAAUAUCUCUCAUUGAUGAUUUUUUUAGGGUUAUUGAAAUCUACUAGUUAUCGUAUUCAAAUCUACAAUUGCCUGAAAAUGGGAGUAAGUUUUAAUAAUUUAAGUACGAUUUUGCAUGUUUUAGGGAUAUCCUGAUAUUCUUCCUUCUUUUAGAAUUUAAAUUUGUGUGGACACUGACGUGGAGUCGGCUUUAUUUUCAUUGGACGUUGUUUUUUGGAGUAAUUGAUGAACCUGGCUUUAUUAGAUGUAGCCUACUAGUUAAAACUGAUGAAACUGGGAUAUUAUAUUCAUCAAUGCAUUCCGAAUUCGAUCACAACAGGAAAAAACAUGCUGUGCUUCUUCAUUCUUUCUAUUAAUAUAGCCUUUCUUGUAAGGUGACGGUAGGAAAUGCAUUCUUUCUCCCAUGAUGCUAUUUUUCUUCACUUAAUUUUCUGAUUAGUAAAUUGUUCUUUCUAGUUGCAUGAAACAUCUUAAGAAAGGGCUGUGAAUGAUCAUCUUGUUUGUAUGGAGAUUUCCAUUUUCCUGGCUUUAUAGAAAGUUUUUCGAAAUGUUUGAAAUUUGAUUUCCAAAUCUUCAUUGUAUCAUUUUCUUGUUCUAGUUUCUCCGUAAGUUGGGUUUAUUUUCACAUGGUUUCAUGCUCUUCUAGUCCUCUUAGAAUUUACAUCAUCUACUGAAUCCCACAUUAUCUUGAUGAUGCAUUUCUUCUUAGCGUUUAGAUUAUCCAUUGAAGUCGACAUUAUCUUGAUGAAGAAUUUGUUUUCUUCUUAUGAUAUAUAGCUAAAGGUGAAAGAGAGAACAGUGGCAUACGUCAAUUGUUGGAGAAGAAAGCGGGCAUCUUUCGUCAGAAGAUGAUGGGAAAGCGGGUUAACUUUGCUUGCCGGUCUGUUAUAUCUCCAGAUCCUUAUUUGGCAGUGAAUGAGAUUGGAAUUCCUCCUCAUUUUGCAUUGAGAUUGACUUACCCGGAGGUAGUUCACCGAGUAUUUUAUCAACUUAGAACUAUUUUUUGCGCUUUCUUGGGUAUAUGAUCGCGUGCAUGUGUAAUUAAAAUGGCUGUAUCUGUACACUUUACUGUGAAUGGCUGUUUCGGAAGCUUUUACCAGCUUAACUGUACAAAUUUGUCGGAUUUUAUAACAUUAUUUUGUUUUUAGUUCAAGAUCUGUCUUGUUUUUGUCACUCUGUUUUUCAUCUGUUCUGAGGUAGUUUAUGAUUUUGCAGAGAGUGACCCCAUGGAACGUUGAUAAGCUGAGACAUGCUAUUAUCAAUGGUGCAGAUAUUCACCCUGGGGCAAUGCAUUACAAGGACAAAGAUCAAACAUAUAAGCUACAGUCUGGCAGAGUCACACGUAUGUCCAUUUCUAGGAAGUUGCCCUCAUCUCGAGGAGCUCGUACGAAUUCAGUAAAAGGCCCUGAAUCUGAUUUGGAAGGCAAGAUUGUGUAUCGUCAUGUACGGGAUGGUGAUGUUGUGCUUGUUAAUCGUCAGGUGUGUCCUAGCUUAACUACAUCACGUUCAAAAUUUCCUAAAUAUGUCUGAUCUUCUUCAAGUGCGCUUCUCUUAUUCUCCUUUCUCCUAGGUUUCAAUGUUGUUUCUUUUUUUUAUCGUUCCUUAUUCUUCCAUUGUUCUUCAUUAGACGUUCUGAUUGUCAAACAUUUUCUUCAGUUACGUUUUCGUUUGAACUUUAGACUGUUCGCUAUGAUGGUUAUAUGCAUCUGAACUAAUAUUUUAGCGUAUGAUUUUUUGCAUUUGUUUAUAUUGUAUUUAAUGUAAAUCUGUGGUACAUGCUAGAUCGUGCAUAGGUCUGGGCAAUGGGGCUGUAUAUUUAUAGUAAAGCUGAAGCCUUGAUCUGGCUGAGAGUGGAAAAUCGUGUUAGACCCGGGCACUGGGAUUGUGAUCUUCAGAUCUAGCAGCAAUUGUCCAAUGGUAGAUAGAUCUGGCGGCUGUUAAAAACAUCUUGUAUGGUUGCCAGAAUACUCUUCAAUUCUUACUCUCCCACAAUAUCACCUACAGAAAAAUUCGUGAUAGAAUUUUAUGGCCAUUGGUUACGGAUGGUUUAUUGUGGGAGUAACCCUAAACCCUAGAUUUCCCAUCAAGCUGUGUAAGAUUGCUAUGUAGCUAGUUGAGAUCCAUACAUCUGAAGCCAAACCUUCAGCAGUCCGAGGUAUGACCUCAAGUGAGGAAAAGCAAAUGGUUUCCUACCACAGCAACGGUCAUUUAUGCUAUCAUUCGGAGUUUCAUUUCAUUCUUAUCAUGGUAGGAACUCUACCAUAAGCUAGCUGCUCCAGAAGAGAAAAUAUUCAUGCCAAUAGGCCAAGCUUCAUUGGCACCAUCCUUGGAUUCGACUGGGGAUUUUCUCCAUAUCUCAAUCUUAAUAGCUUUCUGAUGCCUUUUCGACCAAUCUCUACACCAGUUCCCUUUCUUCAUUGUCCCUGAUAUGAAACUUUUUCCAUGCAAUGCUUUCCAAAUGAACACAUUUCCUGGUUGUGUUACUACAACUAAUUUUGUUGCUCAUGCCAAAAUUCUGGAACAUUGAGUAUAUCUUCUCCUAACUAUGGGGCUUUCGUUUUCCACUGUAGCCCACUCUUCACAAGCCAAGCAUGAUGGCUCAUGUUGUUCGCGUCUUAAAAGGGGAGAAGACUCUUCGCAUGCAUUAUGCGAAUUGCAGGUAACCUGAAUUUUAUGUUGAAAUGCAGACUUGGAGGAAAUCCCUGGUGUUUUAGGGUUGAGGUUGACUGUUCAUUUACCUGCAGUACUUACAAUGCUGAUUUUGAUGGUGAUGAGAUGAAUGUACAUUUGCCUCAAGAUGAAAUUUCACGUGCUGAAGCGUUGAACAUAGCAGAUGCAAACAAGCAAUAUGUUGUUCCUACAAGUGGUAAUCCAAUUAGGGGUUUGAUUCAGGUGACAUAGUCUUACACUUUUCACUGGCGUCGGUUUAUAAAUUAGAAGUGAUUAAUUUUCUAUAUCCUUUAGUUCAACUUACGAAUUUAUGAAAUCCUCUGAUAAGUAUUUUUCUUUUGGUUUCCUUUAUUCGUACAGGAUCAUAUUAUAAGUGCGGUACUUCUCACAAAGAAAGACACAUUUUUAACCCGUGAAGAAUAUGAUCAGCUUCUAUAUGCAUCUUGUGUGCCUCCUGUCGAUUCUGGAGCUUUUCUAUUUGAUGGUGGUCGCGGUGUUUCAGUGUUAAAUUCGGAAGAUGACAUGGAGACACUUAAUCCUUCUAUAUGGAAGCCAGUGCCAUUAUGGACAGGAAAACAGGUUAAUUCCGUGAGCAGUGUAAUAAAUGGUUGUUAGCUAAUUCCUUCUAAAGUUUGCUACAAGUUUCCUAUUUCCAGGUUACUGUCAGUUGAUAUAAUGUGGGAAUAUGGACUCCAAUAGAGUAUUGUGUCGAUAUAUAUAUUGUUUUUACAUUGAUUAAUAAGAGUGUGUCAGAAAAUCACAUCAUGCUCCGGUUCUUUUGAAGCAAUUUCUCUCACUUUAUUUUUGCCUCCCCAUGAUAGUCUAUUUUUUCCUGCUAGGUUAUUACUGCCAUUCUUAACCAUCUUACCAGAGGUCGUCCUCCUUUCAGUGUUGCAAACACUGUGAAAAUCCCAAAGGAAUAUCUUGGAAAUGAGAGGUCUGAACAUGAGUUUCUUGUUCGCAAGAAUGAGUUCAUACAUGGAGUGCUAGACAAAAAUCAGUUUGUUAAGUAUGGACUUGUUCAUACAGUCCACGAGCUCUAUGGUCCUGAAAGUGCGGGUGCUUUGCUUUCUGGAUUUAGUCGCCUGUUCACAGUGUUUUUGCAGGUUUGUUAGCCCUCAGAUUUUCUAGGCUAUCUUUUAAAUUGUUAUACCUUAGCUUUCUUAUUUACAAUUACACUUCAUUUCUAUGCAUGUAGAUUCAUGGAUUUACGUGUGGAGUGGAUGACCUUUUAAUUCACCCCAUACUAGACAUGGAAAGGAAACGGAUUUUGGAAGAAUGUGAGACACGAGGAAAGGAAGUUCAUUAUAAAUUCAUACUCGCUGAGGAUGAUUAUACAGGUGUGUUCAAACUCUCCAUGUAGGUAUAUAGCACUUUAUUCGUUUUUCUUUCAUCUAGUUCAUAUUCCACAAGCCUUGGGGUUCAAAAAUAUCUGCCAUAUCCACCGUUUUCUUGGUCUAUGCCAAUCUUUUAUCUUUAAUUUAAUCUUCUCUUUAUAUCAUAUUUGUGACGUCCCUAGUUCAUUUGUUUAUUACAUUGAUACUCUGAGAGAUUUUUAUAUGGUUGAUGCAUAACACUUAUUUGAUGAACGUGCUGUUGUCUAAAAUUCCAGUUCAUUGCUCUGCUGUGGCCAGCCUUGCGAACCAAUAGUUUAACCCAGUUCAUUCCAGUUCAUUCGGUCGUCUGAAAUUCCACUUCAUUCCAGUUCAUUACGCAGAACACGAAUGGUUUUACCCCGAACUCCUUGGAAAAUCGUAUGAAGUUCUGAUCUUUGUGGUUCUGGCCACCAUUCGAUUAGCUCUUAACUCUGAUUUUACGCCAACACUUUGGACACGAUAUGUAUUUUCACCAGGAGUUUUCCUAGGGCCUUUUGACAUGCCAUUUUCGACAGGCUGAGGUAGAUCCAUGGAACCAUUUGUCACAUGUUUUGUGGUGGUCUCAUGCGUCAAUGUGCAGCACUUUAAGCUUUUGGUCUGUAAAUUUAAUUUAGUGCAGCUGAAAUCAAAGGAUCGUUUCUUGUGUGUUUUACAAAUGUUGUAUUUGUUCAAGCAGAUGCGCAAGCAUUGCAACUGGAGAUUGAGAAGGUCGUUCGAACUAAUGGGGAAUCUGCAACAGCACGUCUUGAUCGUAUGAUGUCGAAUGCUCUCAACCAAAUGACAUCUGAGCUUAAUAAAAUCUUAUUUCCAGGAGGGCUUCAGAAAAACUUCCCAGGAAAUUGCCUUUCUCUGAUGACCACUACUGGCGCAAAGGGUGGAAUGGUAUGCUGAAGAUAUUUACUUAUUUUUCGAUGAUAUUUUUUAUUUCCUGUAACUUCUUGGACAACCUUUUUGAUCUCUGUUUUCUAAGAAAUUUGACGAGUGAUUUUCCUUUUGAUUGUUGGUGAGUUGUUUCUUUGGCAUGAAUUCUGCAAGACAACAAAAUAAAGUUGCUGGAAUUUUGUGGCUUCUUACUUUGUGGAUGAUCUUUCAGUUUGCAAUAUUUUAUCUGACUCCUAAAGUCAAAAUAUUCUUUUCAUGAUCAUCGGCAGUUUCGAGAAAAGGGGCGGGGUUUUGUGACGAUUGGAUAACAUUUGAGGCUUUUCGCAUGUGCUAUCUUGGAAUUUUAGUUCUUAUGAAUUUCAUCCAUACAUGCCUUGCACUCUUUGUGGGAAGAUACACAGAUGGUCUCUUAGCCAGUUUUAUGGCUUUCAUCAUUCAGAUAAACUUGGGCAUAACCUCAUUUGCAUGUCGCCUGAGCACGUUAUCUUCGGAGACGUAAGUUAUUGAUCGGAAUUUGCUUUGCAGGUCAAUUUUACCCAAAUUUCCUCCUUAUUAGGGCAACAAGAAUUGGAGGGGAAGCGAGUCCCACGGAUGGUUUCUGGAAAGACAUUGCCAUGCUUUCCGCCAUGGGAUACUGCUUCUCGAGCCGGUGGUUUCAUUGGGGACCGUUUCCUGACGGGUUUACGCCCACAGGAGUAUUACUUCCAUUGCAUGGCUGGCCGAGAUGGGUACGAAACUUUGUUGCCUUUUGGACUCACACUUUCUCUUUUAUUAUAUUCUCACUUUUGAUAUCAUGCUUCACACCUAAUUGCUUUUCGGUAGUACUCUACCGAAAAUUUUCAGUAGAACUGUUUCGAGAUGUGUUGUUGAGAUUCAUUCUUGUCAUAUGGAUUCUUUACCUUCUCUUAGUGUUACCUGUGUUGUGGGUCGGUUUUCUCUUCUUUCCCCUGUUCUUGUUUUGUUUUCUUACGAUGGUCUAAGGUCCUAUGGUUUAUAAUCUCGGUGAUGUAUUUGAUUUCGUGGUUCAUCACAUCCCUUGAUUGAUCAUAUCACAUAUCUCGAAGAUUGAAAGCUUCUUCUGAUCAUAUACUCAUAUUUUCCUCGAGUAUAUUUGUUAACGUGUGCUUUUUCCCACAGAUUAGUUGAUACGGCUAUCAAAACAUCGCGCAGUGGUUACCUGCAACGAUGUCUCAUCAAGAAUCUGGAAAGCUUGAAGGUCUCCUACGAUCACACCGUACGAGAUGUUGACGGGACCGUCAUCCAGUUCCUAUAUGGGGAGGAUGGGGUCGACGUUCAUCAGACAAGCUAUCUCAAGCAAUUUGAAGCACUGGCCACUGUAAAAGAUCAGAAGAAGCUCUUCGCCCAAAUCAGUUGUUUAGUUCUUCUGUCAAAGGACCCCUAAUUAAUGUCACCUCUGCUGUUUACAGAAUCAGAUUGUUGUUCAAGAAAGGCUUAACAGACAUGGGGCGAAUGCCAACGUAUUGGAGUCCAAUGCAUACAUUCGGGACCUGCCUGAUAAACUCGAACAAGAGGCGACGACUUUUUUGCACAAGUUGACAAAGAAGCAACGGAAAUCUCUUCACCUGAAGAAACAGAGUGAUCUCAUGAAGCUAGUGAGGGUCAAGUACAUCUCUAGCCUCGUUCAGCCUGGAGAACCAGUGGGUGUGCUCGCGGCACAGUCGGUGGGGGAACCAUCGACGCAGAUGACGUGAGUUCCCCUGAUUAUCUUACUAUCUUUUCAAUUUCAUUAUUUAAAAAGUGGGUAACACUGGCAUGGUACUCGGUAAAUAGUAACGUCAGAGAGAACGACUUUGAUCAUAUCGACAUCCUAAUCAUACCUCUGGAUGCGUAUUUGGCGCCUAAAAUGUGUAUGCUAUUUGACAUCGACUAUCCUUCCAUGUUAAGUGAUAAUCUCGAAUUUACCAGGUUGAACACUUUCCACUUUGCUGGACGAGGGGAGAUGAAUGUAACGCUUGGCAUCCCACGGCUGCAGGAAAUCCUGAUGACUGCCAAGGAGAAGAUUCGAACGCCAGUCAUGACCUGCCCGUUGCAGGAUUUCAUAACGAGGUGAGUUGAAUCCCCGGUAAAGCAAACAUAGAUCUUGGCAUAAAUUUAUUGCCAGACUCUUGUAUCCUCUGAUGGGUUCCCUUUUCCUUUUUCUGUUCCGAUAAUUGGGCAGGGAUGCGGCUGACCAGCUCGCCGCGAGAUUGAGAAGGAUCACCGUAGCAGAUGUGCUGGAGAGUAUGGAGGUCUGUGUUGUACCCUUCUGCGUGAUGGAGAAGAAGGUGGGCACUGUCUACAAGUUAAGUGGGAAGCUUUACUCCCCCGACAAGUACCCUCCCCACUCGGGCAUAACACUCGAGCGCUGUGAGACGGCUGUGAAAUACGAUUUCGUCGAUGCACUGGAGCUGGCCAUCAAAAAGCAUCUGGAGACGGUAUCCAAGAUCUCCAGUAUCCAGUCCGUCUCCGGUGGGGAGGAAAGCUUCGUAGAGGGGGAAUCUGGGGAGGACGACGAGCCCUCUACGCCGUCUGUGAGAGGGGUGGGCGACAAUGAGGACAACGCCAGUUCUGGUGACGAUGACGACAAUGCCGAGGAUCAGGGAACCGAUGCCCAGAAGAGGAAGAAGCAGGAGAAUGACGAGGUCGACUAUGAGGACGACGUGGGUGAAGACCAUGGUCCGAAGCGAAAGGCGGCAGGGCUUGAGCAAGCUGGCGAUGAACCUUCUGGUUUUGAAAGCGAGAUCGAUCAGGCAGAGGUUGACGAGGACUACAGCUUGGGAGGAGAAGUUCCCACCCUGGAGUCCGACGGGGAAAUGGGUGCAGCGGGAGGGGCUGCGGAAGAAGAAGAUACCAAGAAAUCGCACGCACCGGAUUCUUCGAUGGCUCCUGAAUCAGAGACUGCCGAAGAGGGGAAACAAUUCUCAGCUGGGAAGACUAAGAUCCGGGCGAAGAGAAGCAAGAAACCGAGCGAUAAAGUGUUCUUCGUGGAAGUGAAUGGUCUGAACUUCGAACUCCAUUUCCUGUUCAGAGACGAGCCUCAUAUUCUUCUGGCCGAGGUAAAUCUUUUCUCCUCCUCGACCCUCAACCUCCGAUUCCUCAGAUAUUUGAGAGCUGUGAUGCUCUCUUUUGGUUAUUAUUCGGUGUAUCAAGAAGGGUUACCAUCUCGGCAGAUUGCCCAAAAGGCGGCGAAGAAUGUCUACGUGAAGGAGUCGGGGAACAUCGAGCAGUGCUCCGUGAUCGAAGAUAAGGUUACAAAGAGGAUCGCCCUCGAGACGGCGGGCGUCAACUUCCGCUCAUUCUGGCAGCUGGAUGAGUACCUGGACAUCGACCACAUAAGAUCGAAUGACAUUCACGCCGUCCUCCGCACCUACGGCGUGGAGGCCGCGAGGGCCGCCAUCAUCAACGAGGUCAAGAACGUGUUCGACUACUACAAGAUCUCCGUGGACAUCCGGCAUCUCUCCCUGAUCGCCGACUUCAUGACCGUGAACGGCGGCUACAGGCCGAUGAACAGGAUCGGAGCGGCCUACUUUGGCACGUCCCCUUUCAGCAAGAUGACGUUCGAGACGGCGACCAAGUUCAUCGUGGAGGCGGCCUUGCAUGGGGAGGUGGACACACUCGAGUCCCCCUCUGCCAGUGUCUGCCUCGGUCAGCCUGUGAAGAUGGGAACCGGCUGCUUUGACUUGAUGCACAAUCUUCAAGUUUGA